AGUGUACUCCUCCCCUCCUCCUACCCCCUCCUCCCUUUGCCUGAGACGCAAUUGAUGAGCAUAAACAACACCCUGAAGUGGCAUUAGGUUAUCUCUCCCAGCGACGGAGCAGCACGCGCCUAGACAGCAGCACGAGCACAGAAAAGCACAGCCAUGGGGAAACUCUACCAGGUCAUGGUGAACGGAUUGAGGGGUGAAAAGAUCACGAUCGACCUGUGCAACACCGAGGAGCAGUUCAAGAGCAUGACCGUGCUGCAGUUGAAGGAGAAGGUAGCCGAGAAGUUUCCCAAUGACACAGGAGUGGGGGCUCUGAGGCUGAUCUUCACAGACAAGAUGCUGGAUGGAGACUCCGGGCUGCUGAGUGUUUAUGGAAUCCAGCAUUUGUCCGUCAUCCACGUGGUGUUGAAGGUUCCUGGAGGACUGUGACCACCUCCACGGCAUGCUGCUGCUGUUUGCACAUUGUUAAACUCCACUGUUUGGGCUAUUUCCCUGUCUUACUCCUUUUAUUGUUCCAAUGUUUAAAAAAGAUGUUUCUGUGGUCCAAAAUAAAGACAACUUCUGUCUUA